AUGUGUGCGGAGGAUCCCUUUACCCAGCACCAGCUGCCACACCACCAUAAAACCGAGCACCACCAAUGCCUCCAGCAGCUGCGGAUGAACAUGGAGCAACAGGACGGGGCUCCAGGAGUGAGAAAAUCGGCCACAGGAAGGACGGCGGCCACGAGUUUGCAGAUCUGGUACAUCCUACAUGUGAUACUAGUCCUAAUCGACAUUAGCAGCUCGCUGACAAUGACCGAGGUGAAGAUACCCAAUCACAUAAUGCGCCUGAAGAGCGCCACUCUGGGCUGCCGUUACGCCCUCGACGGGGAGUCCCUGUACUCGGUGAAGUGGUAUAAGGACGGCCACGAGAUCUACCGCUAUGUGCCACGCGAUAAGCCCCCCGGACAGUCCUUCCCCCUGCCCGGAGUCAACAUCGAUCUGCGUAACUCCUCGGACACCCAGAUUCUCCUGCGCCGCGUCACCCUGCAGAGUUCCGGACUUUAUCGGUGCGAGGUGUCCGGCGAGGCGCCCGCAUUCAACACCGUGUCCGAGUCGGAGACCAUGACCGUUGUGGUGACUCCCAACCACGGACCGAAAAUUACUGGUGGCCAGCCGCGCUACCAAAUCGGAGACAUCGUCCGGGUGAACUGCACCUCGUCGCCGUCCAAGCCCGUGUGUCACCUCAGCUGGCUUAUCAAUGGGGAGCCGGUGCAGAAGGCGCACCUGCGGCAGUACGACAAGGUGGUGGUGAAUCGAGAUGGGUUGGAGAUGGCGCGCUUGGGACUGGAGUUCCGGGUGCGGACUUUCCACUUCAAGAACGGCGACAUGAAGCUGAAGUGCGUGGCCAAGAUCAGCUCACUGUAUCUGCAGAGCAACGAGGAGAGUGUGGAAAGCGAUCGCCAGCACCGGGCUCCGGCAUUGGAGUCUCGGGAGACGGUAGCUGCCAAGUCCAGCACGAUUGCUGCCGCCGGUUCAAAGCUGACAUCAAGUCUGAUUGCAUUACUGCCACCUGUUAUCCUGCUGCAGCUGUUUCAAAAUUGGAACUGGCCCAGAAAUAGUUAACUCUUUCAACACUAAGGACCGCUGAAACUGAAGCCCAUUAACUAGCAGAGCCAUUCGUUCGUAAAAGCAGACAUAUCCUACGCCAAAAACUUUAAGACCGAAGCCAAAGGAUUUAUUUAUAUCAUAGCCUUUGGUUUAACUCAAAAUUCAAUCGAUGUAUGUGUGCAUGAAAAAAGGGGAUAUAUUACCUAAUUAAGAGCCAGAUAUUUCACUAUAAUAUCGAAAUGGUAACUACUUAACGCGAGCAUUUAAGCAGAGGCUAAGAAAUUGUAAAUAAUAUUCUUAAUAUUAGGCAAUUGUAUGUAGCUCUAAGAAAUUGUUG